AUGGCGGCCCCACCGCAAAGGUCGCUUUCCUGCUCCUCGAAAGAACUGGAGUAUGAUGCUCCGGACCCAGUUCCAGAAGCCAGGGCAUCAACUACAAAGGUGGAUAAAAGACCUACCAAGGUGGAUGACGAUUGUGCCCUGACCACCAAAGAUGAUCUUAAACACCUCCUGCAUGAACUGCGCACAAUGUUCCAAGCAGACUGUGCACUGAUACAGGAGGACAUGCAUACCCUCUCCGGUCACAUGAAUUCUGUGGCGGAUUAA